GGCGCCGGCGUAUGAGAAGCCUCGCCGCCCUUCCGAGUCGGUCCCGCCUUCUCUUGCAAAGCAUCUGAGCGAAGAUUCAAAAUAAGAGAAAAUAAAGAGGGUCUUUUUCCCCCUCCCCAAGGAAACAGGGAACUUGAUCAGAAUGUCUGGACGUCCAUUGAUUUCCCUUAGUGGUGUGGACACAUGUCUGACUUCUCUGAAAACCUGCAAGACCUACAUAAACACUGGCAUGGAUGUAACCACAAAUGUGGCCCUUGAUCUUGUGGAAAAUCACAAUGACCUGGAAGAAAUUAAGACAAUGGAAGAAGUCAUGUUAGAAUAUGCUGUAAUGAGCAGAGAACUGAGUCAUUAUGUGCAAGCUGUUGAAGAAACAGUAAAUCAGAUAAAAAAAGAUAAACCAGAAAUUGUCCCAAAUUUAAGACAACUAGUCAUGGAGAGAUUCGGAAACCUGGAAAGCAAGAACUGUAAUGCUGAUUUACAAAGAAAUGAUAAAGUUGUCCUAUUUAAGGAGCAGAUCAAGCAAAUGAAGGCUCAGUUUGGGAUCCAGCUGGAUGCAGAAGAAGGACCGGCCCUUGAGCAAGUCGAUGAGGAUGUUGCAGUGACUCAAAGUCAGAGGAAAUUUAUUUGCCCCAUCACACAGGAAGAAAUGAAGAAACCAGUUAGGAAUAAAAUCUGCGGCCACACCUAUGAGGAAGAAGCCAUCUUGGAACACAUCCGGCGCAGACAACAACAUAAGAAGAAAGUCAAAUGCCCCCAAGUUGGCUGCAACAACAAGGAAGUCAGGAAAGCAGAUCUGGUGUUUGAUGAAGUCCUCAAAAGAACGAUUGACAUUUGGAAUAAACGGAGCCAGUCAACACAGUAGAGAGAGUCCCGGGCCCUAGCGGUUGUUACAACCAAGAACACGGGGCAUUAGAAGAGUUCAACUGAGCCUAGGUUUCUAAUUUUCAGCUGGUUGUGUAAGAGAUUGUUGCUGCAAGUAUUUCAAUAGCAGGCAAAGUUGAAGGUCUGACCUGUUGCUAAAAGCAUUUUCUUGGAAGCUGCCAAGUGUAAAAUGCCUUGCUUUGUUUACCUUUAUGUAGAUUUUUUUUAAAAAAACAGUAUUCAGCUCCUGCAUUUUGUAAAUAAAACUAUGAAGUCCA